AUGCAGCAAGCCAGCGUGGGUGACUGCGACGACGAGGACUCCGGCGCGACGAGUCCUCCAGAGAGAUCGCCGGCCAGUUUCGCGAUCAAGAGCGAGCCCGUCGUCGACAGGAACGACGGCGUGAGGAUUAAGAUCGAGAUGCCCGAGCCUACGGAGGCCGGCGUCGAGGUGAAAGGCGAGCCCCGAGAGGAUUAUCAGCGGCACCCGAACAACGAUAGUUAUCGCUACAACGACAAGAAGCCGGGAUACGUCCCGGACGUUCUCGGACAGUGCCAGCCGCCGCCGGGAUAUCGUCCCGUAGGACUGCCAAACUCUUUCGGUUUUCCUCCCUUCUACGGGCAUCAUCAUCCAGGAUCCAUGAUGCCGGCGGCCUCGUCGUCGUUCCCGACCGGACGUCCUUCCCCGGACGGGCCGAUCGGUAAAAUCGCCGACGGUCACGAGCAGACCGUGUCGCGCGUCGAACGGCACGCCGCCUACGGCAGGAUGCCGCCGAUACCUAACGACGGCUUCCUGCAGGAGCAUCAUCACCGCUUCGACGCCGGCGACUUUCAACACGCCAACGCCGGAGUGCCGUACCCGGGUUUCCGGCCCACCUUGCGCUCGUCGUACGGCAAUCAUCAUCAUCAUCAUCAUCACCAUCAUCAUCAUCAGAACAACAGCGCGUAUAACAGAAGCGGCCACUAUCAUCCGGCCAGGCAGCGUAAGUGGAGCAGCACUGCGUUCCGAGGACUGCACCCGCCGAUGCCGUGGCCUACGUGGUUUUUCCGCCCAGAUCUUUCGCUUGGCACGCCACUACCGACGAGUCACGUUCCAAAUUCGAGUAACGUUUCUACUUCGUCGUCUGUACCAUCUCGUACACAUCUGGACGCUUCGAAAGGGCCGGAGCUUCCUUCCAAUAGCAACAAAGUCCAUGGACAGACGCCAACGAUAUGCACAUCCAUCCGUUGCACGAUAAACGGCUGCUCCUGUGAGUCCUUCACACCCGGUAAACGUCAUCUACGUUACUGCGAGAACUGUCAUCACGGCUGGGUGCCUCACGACGCAAACUGCAUAAUUAUGGAGAUAUUCGAGCGCACGGACGUACUUAUCGGUUGCUCGCAGAUUAUGGAGUAA